CGUUUUUCAUCAUAGUACGCUUUUCGUUCGGACCCACGCGUACCGUGUAAACAGAAACUUGACUGUACGUAAUCUAAGCAAUAUAAUAGUCUAACCCCGGUUUCUCUCACAAUCACAAGACAGUUGAUAACGUUCUCCCUCCGAUAGCAGACGCAAACGUGUUUUUUUCGCAGAAAGAACGUCCAUUGGUGAAUUCGCUAGCUUCCGAAAUGUACUCGACGAAUCACACGGCAGGCAGUGAAACAAGCAACGUGCGCGUUGUGGACUUCCGGUCGGAUACUGUAAGUCUUCCGACUGCCAACAUGCGUAAAGCGAUCUUCGAGGCGUCCGUCGGGGACGAUGUGUACGGUGAGGAUCCUACCGUUAAAGAGCUCGAACGUCGCUCGGCUGAGCUGUUUGGCAAGGAGGCCGCUUUGUUCGUUCCGACAGGCACGAUGGCGAAUUUGCUGGCCAUUAUGGUUCAUUGCAGUAAACGAGGUGCGGAGGCGAUCGCUGGUGAUCUCGCGCACGCAUUUCUCUACGAACAGGGCGGUGCGGCUCAGAUAGCGGGCGUUCAACUGAGUACCAUAAAAAAUGCGCCGGACGGAACGUUCUGUUUGGAUGAACUGCGAACCAGAUUUCGGGGAUUUGACGUCCACGAACCGAAAACCUCGCUGGUUAUGGUUGAGAAUACCCACAACAUCUGUGGCGGUAAAGUUGUUCCUCUGCAGUGGCUGGAAGAUUUGGCGAAAAUAUGCAAGCAGCAUUCGAGCAAAUUGCACAUGGAUGGAGCGCGUAUUUUCAAUGCCGCCGAAUAUUUGGGGGUUUCUGUAGCGCGGAUUGUGCGCGAUGUGGAUUCCGUGUGCUACUGUCUCAGCAAAGGGCUGGCAUGUCCGGCGGGAUCGGUUUUGAUUGGUUCUGCAGAUUUUAUCCAAGAAGCUCAUCGUUUGCGCAAGGCUCUCGGAGGUGGAAUGCGUCAGGUUGGGUUUCUGGCGGCCGCUGGCCUAUGCGCGCUUGACGAGAUUGUGCCGAAGCUGGGGGAUGACCACAAACGUACGAGGAAAAUAGCACAAGCAAUUAACGAUAUGAACAGCUCAAUAAUUUCGGUUGAUUUGGAAAACCUCCACACAAAUAUUCUUUUAUUAAAGAUAUUAUCGAAAAAAAUAACUUCAAGUGACAUAUCGACCCGGUUCGCUCAAGUCUUUUCGAAGGAAAUUGAGAGUGAAAUAACCGACACACAAGGGAGAGGAAUUUGUGUGAAAGUUAGUGCACGUGAUUGGGCUUUCACCCGGAUAGUCAUGUACACGAAUAUUACAGACGAAGAGGUUGAUUUGGCCAUUAAGAAAAUAAAAUACGUAAUCAAGGAAUAUGAACAGAACAUAGUUUAACAAAUGACUACAGUAAAACCUUUUAUGUUCUCAGUCAAAUCUGUUUGAAUUCGAAACAGUGAAUAAAAAUAUGGUGCUGCCAA